CAGUCUACAACAUAUUUUAUGUCUCCAAUGUCAUGUGUGCGAGUCAUUUAUGGGCGCCGACAAUCCUGAUUGCGAAUCUGAAGCUACCAUGGGCAAUUCACGAACUUGUGAGGCAGUAAAAAACCGAUAUUGUACAAUUUCCGUAUCUCUCGUUGUGAAUCAGAUUGCUUCUGUUGUACGAACAUGUGAUGACACCUGUGAGCGUGACGACACGUCAUGUUUAAAUAAUGAAUACGGUACGUGUAUCACUUGCUGUCAGAAGGACAACUGUAACAACGCCGCCGUGGCAAACCUGCUGAGACUACUAUCUGUUUCACCCACAUCACAGAAUAGCAUAUCAGAACUAUCUACUACAAGCACAGAAAGUAUCAACGGUUCUUCAAACAUAGCCGCGUCAAGUUCGGACGGAUUCAGUAAUAGAGUUCUAUUAUCUUUAUACAUGAUACCAUUUUUUAUUUUGUAUAGUGACCUUAAGUAAAUACUAUUAGCUAUAUAUAAAUGGUUGCACUACACAAUUCUUUAAAUAUGCUCAACGC